CAAACUGAAGGACACGCGGCAGCAACUGCAAUGUGGGUUCUUGUUUUAACCGGGUUCCUGCUUUAUGGCUCCAUACACACAGCUCACAGUGCCGUAUCGAAUCAGAGCGGUACAGAGCAGGGUAACACUCUUCUGUUCUGUAAACAUGAUGGGAAAGUGAUUUGGAGUAAAGGUGUCGAUGGAGGGAGAGGGGACAUCCUCACUGCUGAAAAUGGAGAAAUCAUCAUUAAACACAAACCUGAUCCAGAUAACAGAUACAGUGUGUUAAGUGAUUUAUCACUCCUGAUACAGAAUCUGUUUCAAUCAGACUCGGGGAUUUACUACUGUAACGCUGUUCCUGUGGUCAACCUGACUGUCAGUUCAUUAAACGGUAACAAUACUGAGAAAGUAACAGAUUCAACUCUCAAAGAUUCAGCCUCAGGGGGACCUCCGCCCUACCAAACCACUGAACCCCCCUUUGGAGAAGGAGGUGACAAAAUGGACAAGAAGGCGGAGAAGGAUGGGGAGGAUGAUGAUGAUGAUGAUGAUGACGAAAAAGAGUUGUGGACAGUUGCUGCUGUAGUUGGAGUGAGCUGUGUGGUGGUGUUGCUGUUGGCUCUGUUGAUGUGGAGAUUUUUCACUAAAAGGAAAACAGGUCAACAAAACCAGAUACACAUGCAGGACUCGAUUAACAACCUUCCAGCAGCCCCACCACCUGGAUUCAGCGUUAUACAAAAUCAGGAAGCCAUCUAUGCCUCCAUUAAUGAGCUUCCAGAAGCCAGACAAUGUGGUGAUCAGGAGAGAGAAAAUGAGGCUGUGUAUUUUCUGGCAACAUCCCCAACAUCCAACACCACAGGUGAUCAGGAGAGAGAAAAUGAGGCUGUGUAUUUUCUGGCAACAUCCCCAACAUCCAACACCACAGACCAGGACCAAGUUGGACAGAUCUACGCCAAGAUCCAGAAGCCAAAAAAUAACACCUGAAAUUGCAGCUGCACUUUUCUCUGUUUAGUUUGUAAUCAUUGGAUGCUGUUAUCUUGUUACUGGACUGUACUGCUUUAAUAAAUUCAUCUUACACAUCAUCCCA